CCCGGGGGCCGCGCCGCCGCCCCCCGCCGAGCCUCGCGGCCGCCCUCCCGCCUUCAAUGUGACACCGGCGCCUCGGAGUGCGAGCCGCAGCCGCCGCCGCAGCCGCCGCCGCCACCGGGGAGGGGCCGAGCACCAUGUCGAAUCUGAGCAAAGGCACGGGCAGCCGGAAGGACACCAAGAUGCGGAUCCGGGCCUUUCCGAUGACCAUGGAUGAAAAAUAUGUAAACAGCAUUUGGGACCUUCUGAAAAAUGCAAUUCAAGAAAUCCAGCGUAAGAAUAACAGUGGUCUUAGUUUUGAGGAGCUCUAUAGAAAUGCAUAUACAAUGGUUUUGCAUAAACAUGGAGAAAAGCUCUACACUGGACUAAGAGAAGUUGUUACUGAACAUCUCAUAAAUAAGGUGCGAGAAGAUGUACUAAAUUCAUUGAAUAACAACUUUCUUCAAACAUUAAAUCAAGCUUGGAAUGAUCAUCAAACAGCCAUGGUGAUGAUUAGAGACAUACUAAUGUAUAUGGACCGUGUAUAUGUACAACAAAAUAAUGUAGAAAAUGUCUACAAUUUGGGAUUAAUAAUUUUUCGAGAUCAAGUUGUACGUUAUGGAUGUAUUAGGGAUCAUCUUCGGCAAACUUUGUUGGAUAUGAUUGCCAGAGAGCGGAAAGGAGAAGUCGUAGACAGAGGAGCAAUAAGAAAUGCUUGUCAGAUGUUAAUGAUUUUAGGCCUUGAAGGAAGAUCAGUCUAUGAGGAAGAUUUUGAGGCUCCUUUUUUGGAAAUGUCUGCAGAAUUUUUUCAGAUGGAAAGCCAGAAAUUUUUAGCCGAAAACAGUGCUUCGGUAUAUAUAAAGAAAGUAGAAGCUAGAAUUAAUGAGGAAAUAGAGCGGGUGAUGCACUGCCUUGACAAAUCCACAGAAGAGCCCAUUGUGAAGGUGGUUGAAAGGGAACUCAUUUCCAAGCACAUGAAAACAAUUGUAGAAAUGGAGAAUUCUGGGCUAGUGCAUAUGUUGAAAAAUGGAAAGACAGAAGACCUUGCUUGCAUGUACAAAUUAUUUAGUCGUGUGCCAAAUGGUUUGAAGACAAUGUGUGAAUGUAUGAGUUCUUACUUGAGGGAACAAGGAAAAGCCCUUGUUUCUGAGGAAGGAGAAGGGAAGAACCCUGUUGACUAUAUCCAGGGCUUAUUGGACCUGAAGAGUAGGUUUGACCGCUUCCUCCAAGAGUCCUUCAAUAACGACCGGCUCUUUAAACAGACUAUUGCUGGGGACUUUGAGUAUUUUCUAAACCUCAACUCCAGGUCUCCUGAAUACCUCUCAUUAUUUAUUGAUGAUAAGCUGAAAAAGGGAGUCAAAGGGCUAACAGAACAAGAAGUAGAAACAAUAUUGGAUAAGGCAAUGGUCCUUUUUAGGUUUAUGCAAGAAAAAGAUGUAUUUGAACGUUAUUAUAAACAACACCUGGCAAGGAGACUGCUCACGAAUAAAAGUGUUUCUGAUGAUUCUGAAAAAAAUAUGAUUUCUAAAUUAAAGACUGAGUGUGGAUGUCAAUUCACAUCAAAACUGGAAGGAAUGUUUAGGGAUAUGAGCAUCUCAAACACAACUAUGGAUGAGUUCAGGCAACAUCUACAGGCAACAGGGGUAUCUUUAGGUGGUGUUGAUCUCACAGUCCGAGUUCUCACAACGGGAUAUUGGCCCACUCAGUCAGCCACACCAAAGUGCAACAUCCCACCAGCACCAAGACAUGCUUUUGAGAUAUUUAGAAGGUUCUACUUAGCCAAACACAGUGGUCGACAGCUCACACUCCAGCAUCACAUGGGUUCUGCAGAUCUCAAUGCCACCUUUUAUGGUCCAGUUAAAAAGGAAGAUGGAUCUGAGGUUGGUGUUGGCGGUGCACAAGUAACUGGUUCUAAUACCCGGAAGCACAUAUUGCAAGUCUCCACUUUCCAGAUGACCAUAUUAAUGCUCUUUAAUAAUAGAGAGAAAUACACGUUUGAGGAAAUUCAACAAGAGACAGAUAUCCCUGAAAGAGAACUUGUUAGAGCCCUCCAGUCCCUCGCCUGUGGUAAACCAACACAGCGGGUCCUCACAAAAGAACCCAAGUCAAAGGAGAUAGAAAGUGGCCACAUAUUUACAGUUAAUGAUCAGUUCACAUCCAAACUACACAGAGUCAAGAUUCAAACAGUUGCAGCCAAACAAGGUGAAUCUGACCCAGAAAGGAAAGAAACAAGACAGAAAGUAGAUGACGACAGAAAACAUGAGAUAGAAGCUGCUAUAGUGCGAAUAAUGAAGUCUAGGAAGAAGAUGCAGCACAAUGUUUUAGUAGCAGAGGUAACUCAACAAUUGAAGGCUCGAUUCUUACCAAGUCCAGUUGUUAUUAAGAAACGUAUUGAAGGACUUAUUGAGAGAGAAUAUUUGGCACGAACCCCUGAGGAUCGCAAAGUAUACACAUACGUAGCAUAAAAUGCAUUCAGAAAUUUGAUUUAUUCUUGGACUGUACUCUUCGCAUGGACUGGGAAGUUCUUUUAAAUCAUUACUAUUAAGACGACCAUCUCUUCUGUUAAAUUGCAGUACAUGUUAUAGACCACUCAGAUCAAGCCUCUUCCCUCUGAGAGUUUUCAACAUCAGUUGAUUGAGCUUCAGGCUUUCCAACGUUAUCCCUGUAGAGAUCAUCUUUACAGUUCCUCGGGAAAAUGUGAAUGUGCCGCGUUUUGUUUUCAAUAUUGUAUGAAAACAGGAAAAAAUAAACAAAUUUAGAAAACACAGCUCAUUAAAAUAAAAUUGUUGGGUUUCAUUUCCCCAGAUCUUCAGUGUUGAUGUAAAUGUGUUUCUGUAGUGUUGCUUAUUAGCACUUUGCGCAUUGUGUAAGUUGGGUAGCAAAAAUGGCAAAAGAAAUGCAAUAUUCCCAGUUAAUCUUGCUCUGCUUGUGACAUUUUCUUAUCUGGUAUUGUUUAAAGGUUUGAUAAAUAUACAAAGAUCCAGGCAUACAAUUGGCGCAUGCUUAUCCUAUCACUUGCACUUACUAAUCUUCCAGCCUUAUGACCAGGAACCUUUGUUUGGACAUGAGUACAUACUCUGAGUUGUUUCGUCCCUGUUGUAAUUUGAGGGUUCCAAAUUCAGUUCUAAGGAUUAGGUUUUGCUCUGAGUUAUUUCUAGAGAAAGAAAAUAUUUUAGUAUGUAUAAAUUGUACAAUAAUUUUUUGCUGUUGUACUUAAUGCUAAUAGUGGAUUGUAUAGGGUGGUGUUUUUAUUUCAUUUAUUGUAGACAAAAAAAAAA